AUGCCCGACGACCUCCCACGGCGCAUCAUCCUUGAGAAAUCCAGCACGGUCCGACGCCGGUACCAGCGCAGCAACAAGCGCUUCCAGUUCACCCCCGCACAACUCGCCAAAAUCGAGCGCGAAGAGAAAGCCAACCGCCGUGCGAAGGACCUGCGCGAAAAGGAGAAACAACGACACGCUAAGAAGAAACAAAAGGCUGAGAAGGAGGCCAAGGCCCGCGAGGAGCGCAAACGCCUAGGUCUGCCCGAUCCCAACGCUCCGAAGGUCCCGUCGAGUCAACCGCUGCUCUCGAACUUCUUCGGUGGAAAACCACCCGCUCGGGAAUCACCAAAGGAGGAUUCACCCCCAUCCGAUCUCGAUCCUACGACUACGGAAACAGACGAACAUGAUGGAGAUAUGGAGGGGAACAGUACGGGCGGCGACACCGAGAUAGACUCGGAUUUUGACGACUUGGACGAAGAAAUGGAGAAGGAAUUCUCCAAUCUUGACGGUUUGUGCCCGUUGGAAGAACCAGGAAACCACGAUGCCAAUGACACCAGCAAAGAGAGCCUGCUCUCCGCUCAGGAGGACGACGAGUUCUCCGACUGUUCCGCCUUCGACGACGAAGAUAUCAUGAAAGAGGCAGAGGCAAUCGCAAGUAUGCGCUCAGCACAUAAGCCACCAACUAUCAAUAGUCCUCUUACAAACAACCCUGCACUUCUGCGGCCGCCAAACAUACCCCACAAAGCCACGGCAACCCCAAUCGCCUCAUUAGGAGAUUCCUUUCGCGACGACACCGCAGACUACCUUGAAGAAGUCUUUACCCGCGGCUGCGGUGACUCCUUCAGCGAGCUGGUUGGACUCUAG